CCUAGUCCAUCGUUUCGCUCGAACAGAGACACCGCGACCGCGAGCAGCAGGGGCGGCGGCGACCCCUAGCUCGCGACGCGCCAUCCUCUGGCUCAUCUGCUCCGCAUCCUAGACCGGACUGGCUCCACUCAACUCCACGGUGACCCCCACAUCCUGUCGUCGCCGUCCCCCGGCCGUCCGGCGACGCGCACCGCAGCAAGAGGCGUCGUCGAACUCUGGCCGUAGCUAGAGGUGCGUAUUAGAAGGUGACUCACACUAUAAAUACACGCCCACGGCCAUCCGUUUCCACCUCCACUCAGCCGCCGCCGUGCUUCUCUGCUAAUUAUCCAGGUAGGUAAAUUAUAAAGGUAGUGUGACAACUCAAAAUGGGAGAGCCAGCUCAUGGAGCUUCAUCAGGACCAACUGGAGCAGUGGAUCCUCCUACAGGUGUCCUCGACGGUCCUUCUGAUCUUGCUGGAACUCCUCCAGUGAAGGAGCCGAAUACAAAUGUUACAAGAAAGAUGUAUCAGAAACAUCUAGAAGAAGAAGAAAAAGAGGAAGGGGAAGAGGAAGAGGAAGAGGAUUAUGAAAAAAAACAUGAUGAAGAAGAAGAUGAUCAAGAAGGCGCUGCAGACAUAAGAGCAUGGGUCCGAGAAUCUGAUGACAUAUUCAAAUACCGUGGGUGUUCGUGGCCAGAGGUUGUUGGUCUCAAGGCGAAUAAGGCCAAGCGAAUCAUCCGGAAAGGCAAGCCAGAUAUCUAUUUUGAAGUGGUUUCAGAGAGACAGUUGUUAACCAUGUGCUACUGCUCAAGACGUGUUAGGCUCAUAGUCGGUAGAUCCAAUUGCGUUGUGCGAACUCCCCGUGUUGGUUAGCAACAGCGGAAUACCAUGCCCAGACUCGCACCCCCGCUUCAUGAAGGCAUGCAGUGUUCGUAAUGCAUUUGAAAGCAUGUACUCCUACCUAUGAAUACUAGUCGAAACAAUAAAACACAUAAGUUGUUUUUA